AUGACUCCCCCUGCUGCCCUGUUCCGCGCUGAAGUGGCAGCCGGAGAAAUGAGGCUGGAACUGUGUGUCCUAGUGCUGGUGUUGUGGGGUCUGCCGCUCCAGGUCACCUCAGAAGCCCACUCCUUCAGCAUUGAUUAUACCAGUAACUCCUUCCGCAAGGAUGGUGUUCCAUUUCGCUAUAUCUCAGGCAGCAUCCAUUACUUCCGAAUACCUCCUGCCUACUGGAAGGAUCGGCUCCUCAAGAUGUACAUGAGUGGCCUCAAUGCUGUGCAGGUCUAUGUGCCCUGGAAUUAUCAUGAGCCAUUGCCUGGUAUGUACAACUUCAUUGGUGAUAGAGACUUGGAGGGAUUCCUGGACCUCGUUGCACAGAUAGGCCUAUUGGUGAUCUUGCGUCCUGGACCCUACAUCUGUGCAGAAUGGGAGAUGGGUGGCCUUCCUUUCUGGCUGCUAGCAAAGCCAGAUAUUGUCCUGCGUACAACUAACCCAGAUUUCUUGCAGGCUGUAGACACAUGGUUGGAUGUCCUGUUGCCCAAGAUCAAACCUCGUCUCUACUGCAACGGAGGCAACAUCAUCAGUGUCCAGGUGGAGAAUGAAUAUGGGAGUUACUAUGCCUGUGACUAUGACUAUCUUCGCCAUCUAAUGUCUGUCUUUCGUGCUCACCUGGGAGAGGAAGUUGUGCUCUUCACCACUGAUGGCAUCAAAGACCUUGACCUGCGGUGUGGGACUAUACAGGGCCUCUAUGCUACCGUGGACUUUGGACUAGGCAUUAACAUUACAAAGGCAUUUGAACAGCAGCGAGUAUAUGAACCAAAAGGGCCACUGGUGAAUUCUGAGUACUACACAGGCUGGCUGGAUUACUGGGGUGAGCCACAUUCCACAAGCAGUCCUGAAGAGGUGGCUCAGGGCCUACAGAAGAUGCUAGAAGUGGGCGCCAACGUCAACAUGUAUAUGUUCCAGGGUGGCACCAACUUUGGUUACUGGAGUGGUGCCGAUUACAAGAAGACAUUCAAACCCAUCACAACUAGCUAUGACUAUGAUGCACCCCUCUCAGAAGCUGGAGACCCCACUGCCAAGGUGUAUGCUAUUCGGACAGUCAUUGGGAAGUUUCAGGCAUUGCCCGCAGGACCAAUGCCACCCCCUACCACAAAGCUUGCAUAUGGCUAUGUGUCUCUGCCACAGCGGAUAAACCUGCUGGAUAUUCUAGGCUUGCUCUCACCUGUGCAGCCCAUCCGAACCCCUUUCCCACUCACCUUUGAGGCUAUGAGUCAGGCCCAUGGUUUUAUCCUUUACCGGACUCUUCUACCACAUGACAUCCAGAAGUCUGUCUUGCUUAGUGUCCCUAAUAAUGGAGUCCAUGAUCUUGCCUACAUUCUACUUAAUGGAAAAUAUAAAGGCACAUUGGAACGGGAUAAAGUGAGUGGAACCAAUAUAUCUGGACAGGCUGGGGACGUCCUGGAUUUGUUGGUGGAGAAUAUGGGCCGUAUCAACUUUGGGGCCAAUGUCAGUGACUUUAAGGGUCUGAUCCAUAAUGUCACACUGGAUUCAACUACUCUCAAUGACUGGAUCAUCUAUUCCCUGGACAUAGAUUCAGCAGUGGCAGGUGUGUGGCCCCCAGUUGCCCCAACCAGCAGAGGGAACACAGGACCUGCUUUCUAUACUGGAACCUUCACUACUGCUGGUGUCAACUGGGACUCUUAUGUGAAGCUCCCUGGAUGGACUAAGGGCCAGCUCUGGAUCAAUGGUUUUAACCUGGGCCGCUUCUGGCCAGCUCGUGGUUCCCAGCAAACCCUCUUUGUGCCUGGCUUGCUCCUCUAUUCUUCAGCCCCUAAUAUUAUCACAGUUCUGGAAUUGCAGGCAGCUCCAGAGGAGCCUAUAGUGCUCUUCCUUGACCGGCCACUUUUUAAUCGCACAAAAAGCUCCAGCCACAGAAACAUGGAAUAAUUGGGACUUCUAGCCAUAUGUGAAGUGCCCUCCUGACUGUCUGAAAGAUCAGUUUAUGUAAAUUUAAAUGAAAGCAAAAAAGGCCCUUCCACAUGCUGUAGUCAGGUGAAAAGAAGACUGUAUGAUCAAAGUUCCUCUUGUAAACGCCAACCUCCAGGAAAGGAUGAGAGAAGCCAACUAUGGUUACUAGAAACAAUUCCUCCUCUUCCUGCGAGCAUCAGUUCCAUAAGGUUGUUCAACAUGAACUGAAACAUGCAGAAUGCAAAUACAUCAACGUAGAGUGUUUUGGGUAUCAGCCUCUGUAUUAAAUAUACACUAGCCUUGCAGAACUCUGGGGCGUAGUGUUUCUACACCAUGCGUAGGAUGAAUGCAUAAAGGACAGAUUGAUGUCUGUUACGGAAAGCUUUGUAAAGAAUGGGGUUUUUAAAUGCAGCGUAUAUAUAUGUUCAAAAGAAAAGAUGAUGACAAGGCACAAAUCUAUUCCUAACAUCGAAAUUUAUUCCUAACAAAUCUAUUCUGGCAUUAAACAGCAAAGGUUGGCUAAGUUGAACACAAAGGACAUCACAGAAAAGAAAGGCUACAGUUUUAUUCUAUCCCAUAAGCCAUGUUUUGCAAGGAG